AAACACAAUGUCGGUUCAUGUGCCAGUAAAUUACAUACAAAUAAGCACAAGUGCAUAAGAUUGAACUUUUCCAAAUGUUCACAAUGUCAUGGUGCUGACUCAUGGUAAUAUCCAGUGGUGGUAUCUACUGUUGGAAUGGCAGUAACUUAUGGGUAUGACUGAGGAAAAUGAUUGACAGUAGCCUACUCACUUGUUGCUUUCCCCUCCCUAAUCUCUCAUCCCUUUCUGUCUCAAUGCUCUCACUCACAUUUCAAACUCAUUCACUUCUUCCCCUGGUCUUGUGUCCUUCUGUUCUUCUCCAGCCCUCUCCCUCCUCACAGAGAGAGGUCCUCAUUAUUCCUCUCUAUCCCAAUGCCACCCCUGUAAGCACUAUUCAUCAGACGUCAAGCCCCUCGUCUCCUCAGACCCCCAUCAGUGCCACUGCCUCCUCUCCUCAGACCACGUCCAAUGCUACUGUGUCUUCACCAAGAGGACCAGGUUCACAGCUGUUUGCCGAGCUGCUGGAAAGCCAUGCCAAUCGCAGCCUUCGAAAGGCCUCCCCAGAGCCUGCAGCUUCACCACCCAGGGAAGCCACACCCUCUCCUGUAGCCACACCCCAAAGCCUGUCUCUCUCACUGAGCACUUCGACCACAUCCAAUGCCACUGUGUCUUCACCAACAGGUCCAGCAGGUUUGCAGCUGUUUGCCGAGCUGCUGGAAAGCCAUGCCCGUCGCAGCUCUCAGAAGGCCUCGGGCCCUGCAGCUUCACCUCCCAGAGAAACCACGCCCUCUCCGGUAGCCCCACCCCCUCCUGUAGCCACACCCCAAAGCCUGUCUCUCCCUCUGACUCAACAGCCAUCACCCACAGUGCCAGGUGGAUGUGGACUCGGAAAUCCUCAGCUGCUCAAAGAACUGAAGCAGCCACCCCCACUCAAGCAUGUGUCCGCCCACAAGGGCCUGACCACUGUCUUCUCUGGCGGGGCGGACCCCAUCAGCAAGUUCUCCCACCAGUGAUGGAGGACAGAAGCCCCAGCGCUUGUCCAAUGGCAUGCAGCAAUAAAAAUGAGCCAUGAUUAAGAUCACAGUUUGCACUAGGUGCCAUUCACCUGCCACAGCCAUGAUUCUGUACUUACCCAUUCUAUACUAUUUUAUCCACACUCCUCAAUAGAGUUAUAUUAUAUAUCGUAUAUCAUAGAAGAGCACACUGUUCUGUACUGUAAAUUAUGUUUAUAGAUACUGUAUAAAUGGUGUAGCUUGAGAAAGUGAUAUCAGGCAUGAAUGUGAGUUGUAUUUGUAUAAGGAGUGUGUGUGUGAGUGUCUGAGUGUGUGUGUGUGUGUGUGUGUGUGUGUGUGUGUGUGUAUGUGUGUGUGUGUGUGUGUUAGUUUGAGAAGAUCCUCCCACCCUUGCUCACAACCUGCCUAAAUAAGCUAAUGUUUCACUUCCAGAACUUAUAAUAAAACACAACUUAUUAUUA